UUACUUACAGUACAUUCGUGGUAUUAAGUGUAUCCACGGAGGAAUUCAAAAUGUCUUCAAUGUUGACUGUGGUUGUUGUACUUUGCAUUGUCGCUACAAGUAUCGCGUUCCCUCGACAUAGCCAUCACGACCACAGACACGAGCAUAUAGAGGACCACGACCACGGGCACGAGCAUGUAGAGGACCACGACCACGGGCACGAGCAUGUAGGGGACUACGACCACGGGUUUCACGUGGAGUACAAGGAGGACUACUACGACCCUCACCCCAAGUACAAGUUCGAGUACGGCGUCCAUGACAGCCACACCGGCGACAUCAAGAGCCACAAGGAGGAGCGCGACGGGGAUGUGGUGCACGGCAGCUACGAGCUGGUGGAGGCGGACGGUUCAAAGCGCGUCGUCCACUACACAGCUGACCACCACACUGGCUUUAACGCCGUCGUCCACCGGGAACACAACGUCCAUCCUCAACAUUACCAUCAUCAUCAGGAGCACUUGCCAGUUGUACAUCAUCAAAGUCAUCAUCACGAACAUGUACCAGAGCAUCAUGGACACUUUUCUAGCCACCAUGUCCCACACCAUAGUAAUACGUACUCCCACCACUACUGAGAACAUGCUAACUAAAUACUUAAUAAACAAACUUAUUAGUUGACAUUUUUUGUUUAUUAAGGCCGGAUACAUAACACGAAACUCUCAGAGAGUAACAAAAUUUCAAUUUUUCUU